AUGGCGCGAGAGCUCAUCGGCGUACGAGACGAGCGGCGCAGAGAGGGGCAGCAACGCACAACGGCAUACCAGAUCGGGCACCUCAGUCUACUGCGGUUUCGGCACGGGCACGAGAGGCAAGUGUCACAGCGGACCCUCGACGCGGUGCGCGAAGCGCAGGGAGCUGGGGUCGAGCCGUGGAACACGGCAGAGCACGACAAGGCAGUCCACGGCCCAACGCCCGAAGGCGGGACGACGAACCCGAUGGAGAGCGAGCCGCCAGCGAGCGAGACGUACGACGACGAGGGAGACGACGAGAGAGAUAAGAGCGCCGCGGCGGACGACGAGAUGGCCUUUAUCGACGAUGAGUUCUUCGAGCUUCCCGACGUGGCAACGGAGGAAGAGGCGGAGGGCCGGGGGAGCCAGAGUCAGUACAGCCAACAGAGCCAGGGGGGCGAGAGCGAGGGGAGCCAGAGCAGCCAGGGCAGCCAACGGGCGCGCGCGAGGAGAGAACGGCGGAACCAGCUCGCGGCGCAGCGGUUCAUGAAUCGAAUACGAUUCGAACUUCGGCUCGGGCACAGGGGGACCGAAACUAGUCAAGCCCGCGCCGGCCAAGACAACGACGACAGCGACGAGGGCGCAAGGAGUGACGACGAGGAGACACCCGACAGCGCAGCAGAGCCAGGACCGAGCGAGCAACCACCCGAAACGGGCCAUCCGAACGAUGGCAGCCAGGCAGACGACGAGUUUACAGUGAUGGACGUAGACGAGGAACAGCCAGAGCACGAGACGUCCCAGCCGCCGAGGAAGCGGGGGCGAUUUGAGAACGAACGGAGCGAUUCGAUGAGUCAGGGAGAGGGGGCGAGCCAGCAGCAUGACGAGGACGAGGAGCUGAUGACGCCGAAACAAAAGAUGCGAAAGCGCAAGCGGAUGGAUGGAUCAGCUCGGAAGCCUCGAGACGACUUCAGACGGAGACGCGCUGACCAACCGUACUAA